GGACGGCCUGCGAUUGGGAAGGGAAGAGGGGAGAGAAACGGGCUUGGCGCAUGGGUUCAUGAUAGGGGACGAGCUGGGCUUCAUGUGGGGUUGUGCAGCUGCGUGGAAGCAGGUCAUCCAGUCAACCCCGUCCACACGAUUCUCCCCCAGGGCAACCAAAGCCGUGCACCAGCUGCAGCAACUCAUAUCCGACUUCCCCAUAACCAACCCCGAAGAUGA